UGGUUUUCUUCUCUAUCAGCGUCGCAUUUAUGCUCCAAUUAUUAAGCUUGUAUCCUAUUAUUGCAGUAUUCUAGAAGCUUGAACCUCUCUACCUUGCAUUCCCCAUCGACAUACAGUUGAGCUCCGUCACGGCGUCACAUUCCUCGGGGCUCCAAGCAGCCAUGGCCACCAGUCAUGAUCCAUCCCAUCAGUCGGGCCCUCUGUCGCGAGCAUGCCAGCUUCAGAGUCAGGACGAAAAGUUCAGUUUCACGCCCGUCAAGGCCGCCGCCGCCCCUCGUCUAUGGGACCGAAAACCGUCGAACGCGUUCCUUGGGCGUUCGAAAUCGCGCAAAGUCUGGAAACGCUUUCGUUCCUCCUUUAACAGCAUGAAAGCGUUACAACGUCUCGUCGCUGCGUCGCACGAGGAUGUCGAUGAAGAUCUCUUCGCCGAAAUCAACUUGUCCAGGAAUCUGGGGUUUGUCCGCGGUGUCAAGCGACGGUGCUUUGGGCUGAAGGAUGAGAGUCAACCGGACAGUACUGUUCUACGGGGACGUUCGUUCCUUGAGACAAAAUGGGAGUCGGAAGCGACGGGGAGAAGACGGAAACUACCUACGAACCAUGCCGACUUUAUUGAUCCCCAAGCGGAGCCGAUGGAUACGGAUGAAGAGGAGGAGGCAGGUCACGCCGUGGCUGACGAGGAUGAGCCACGGGACGCGGCCACGUCAAUCGCGGAACAGGACACGGACGCAUCUUUUGACUCGACCCCAGACACACCCACAGACUCGGUCCUUUUCUCAGCGAAUCUCCACACGCUACAUGGCAAAUCCGUCAGUGCAGAUGAUUGCGCUGGAACCAGCUACGAUUUCGAGAUAAAUGCCACCGGCGAUGUCGCUCAACCUGACCCCGCACUUGAUACCAGUGUAGCGAGUCUUCAUACCGUAACCAAUAUUGCCCCAGAUGCAGCCGUGGAUACAUAUAUGACGGAUGAUCGACAAGAUCUGACAGUCCAGACCGCAGACUCCACAAUCGCAGCAGAAGUCACAUCGGAGCAGGGUCUAAGUGUGCAACAAGAGUCCACUCUGGUGCGUUCGGCACUACGCAGCUCGCUGGGUGGGGAGGAUGCGGAGUUGCUCAAUAACUUCUUAUCCAAGGCCAAGGCAGCUCGCGCGGCCAAAGCCGCAGCUAUGACUGUGCAGGAUGUGGCCGCAGAGCAAGCCUGCCAGGACGUGAGUGACGUACCAACUCCACAGGCUCGACGGGCUCUCGAAGAGCUGGACGCCAAUUCGCCCUCGCCAUCGAAAGUUCAGCUGUCUCCAGGGAAAGCGUCUGAUCCUGCAGAUAGUCCUGAUCGGGAUGAUCAAUCACGGAAAAGGGUUGAUGCCCGAGAGGACGAAAAUCAAGCAGCCAGUCCAGUCCGUCGAAGUUCGAGGCACCGUGCUGCCAAAGGGACGGAGUUCGUCUUCCUGCAGCGCACAGAAGCCCAGGAGCUUGCGCUGGCGACGCGUCGAAACACUCGUCACAACAAAGGGGAUGCGGUCAUGCCAAAAUACGUGCUUCAGGCCUUGGCGGAACAAUCGCAGAAGACCGGUCUCGAUGUCGAUCAUGGCAAAGCUGCAGACCCUGCUCAGAAGCGCACAGGGGCCAAGAAAUAUGUGACAUGGAACGAGGAGCGCCUGGUACAGUACCAAGGGGAGGACAACAGUAAGCUAGGGGAGCGGAAGCGCAAUGACGCCGCUUUGAAUCCGACGGUGAAGGGCACCGAUAAGCAGAAGGCAGCCAGUAAUCGCAGCACCCGGUCCCAGACAGCUAAGGCCGGUGGUGAGGAAGAAGUGGCUGCAUCAACUACUGCACCUGCUACUGCAGCUCCCAAGGUGCGGCGUGUGCGGCGGUUAGGAGGGUCAAAGAGUAAUCCCAGUCCUGUCGCGGCCACAGACACGAAGAAGGCGUCGCUUCUCCCGACUCUCAGCACUAGCAGCAAUGUUGAGAAGCGCAAGAAAUUGUUCCCCAAGCGGCCCAGCGCUGUUGCAACGGGUACUCCCGUUUCGAACAAGAUACUACCUUGCGGCAGCAGCGACGAUAGGAGCUCGUCCGACUCUACCAGCGGUAGCGCUCCGCGAAUAAGAUCCAAGAACAUUCUCAAGGCACAUGCUGGAUCGACACCGAUGCCGAGACGUAUCCGUCCCCGCUCUUGAUUGUGUCACUUUCAACUCUAUUGUUAUUUUCAAUACUGACCCUCCUUUGGAGGUUGUACAUAAUCAGGCCCGCCAAUCAGUUGAUUACGGGAUUUGCGAGACAAACGGACUGGCGAACCGGCGUUUUUGUAUUUCUGUUGACUUGUCAGUGGGUAAGGCGUUAUGUGUAAGAGACACACCUUGUAUGAGUUCAUUUGCAGUGGAUUGUUGAUCUGUUGAUCUUCAACCCUGCUUUCAUGUGAAUAUUACCGCCAUCCCUUCGG